GACUAACGCAAAAUCAUGAAAAUGUUUGUGGUAUGAAAAGCGUCUUCUUGAGCGAGACUACAGCAACCGGAAGUGAACGCUUAUUUCCAAAACACAGAGUCGUAGUCGAAGUAUAUUGUUUGUUUUUUUCCACUUUCUCAAGCUUUUACAGCUUUAUAAGGCAACAAAAUGGGGAAGGGUUUUAAUAAUUACAUGACAAAGAAGUUCUUUCAUCCUUCAAGUAAAGAUAAUUUGAAAAGAGUAUGGAUGGCAGAACAAAAGUCAAUAUUUGAGAAAAAGAAACAGGAUGAUAUGUUGGCACAAUAUCAGAAAGAACAAGAUCAGCUCAGUAACAGAGCAUUGCUGGGAGAUGAGAAAGCUAAAAUGGGUCUAAGUUUUUUGUAUGAUGCACCACCUGGUAUGAAGAGAAAAGAGAAAGAAGAAGAGGAAGAAGUGAAGUUUGAAUGGCAGAGAAAAUUUAAUGCACCCAGAGAAUCGUAUGCGAAAGGAGAUGAGGAUAUUAGAGAUCAGCCAUUUGGUAUAGAAGUGAGAAAUGUACGUUGUAUCAAAUGUCGACAGUGGGGUCACGUAAACACAGACAAAAUCUGUCCUUUUUUUGGUCAGAAUUUAACAGCAGAGCCUCCUAAACCGGAAACAUCAACAUCCUCACUAAUCAACAGUCUAAAGGAUGAUGGUUUUGCUAUGAAGAAGAGUAUUAGAGGUAGUUUUAUGGCUGAAGAAACUGGUCCAAUUGUAAAGAAUGGUGACAAUGAUGAUCCAGAAGUCAAAUUUUUACAGUCACUGAGUUCUAAGCAAAAGAAAAAACUCCUCAAGAAGUUGAACAAGUUACAGGGAGAUGGUGAGGAUAGUAACAAUAGUUUGGCUACUAUUAAGAAAAAGAAGAAAUCCAAGAAGAAAAAACGCCAUAGUGGGAAAAAUAGCUCCAGUGAUGAUAGUGAUAGUGAAGAUGAUGACAAAAAGCUUUCAAAGGGUAAAAAACAUCACAAACCUCAUAUAAAAAAAGAACCAAGAUCAGAUGAAAGAGAAGAACGAAGAACCUUUCGUACAGAGGAACACAGAUCAGAUGAAAGACAGAGGCAUAAAACAGAUGGUAGGGAUGACAGAAGACUUGAUUAUAUUAAAACCGAAAUAAAGAAAGAACCGAGAACCGAUGAAAGAAUAGAACGGAGGGAUGAACCUAGAUCCUAUCGUCGGGAGGAACAAACACCAAUACAUAGGAACAAUUAUAGUGAUGAACGCAAAGCAAACAGAAAAGAUCAUAGAGAUGAUUAUCGAUCGGAUCACAGGGUCGAACAUAGAUCUGAUCAUAGGGUCGAACAUAGAUCUGACAAUUGCGAAGAUCGUAGAUCGGAUCAAAGAGACCAACGUCGAUCUGAUGAUAGGGAGGAACAUAGAUCAGAAUAUAGAGACAAUCGAACAAGUGAUCAUAGAAAGGACAGGCGACAAGAACGUAAUAGAAGUCGGUCAAGAAGUCGAUCCCGUGAUCGAAGGAGGUCAGAUGAUAGAAAGAACAGUCGUAGAAGUAGAUCACGUGACAGGAAAUAGUUAAAACUGUUUUAAUUAUUAUUUUUAAUCCUAUUUUUUUAAACAUACAAUGUAAAGAUGUGAAAAGGAAAACAGGAAAUUUAUGAUAAAUCUUACAUUUUUGAUUUAGGAGGUUGUGCAGAAGCAUGGACAAAAAUUAAUAAUAAACUUGGAAAUGCCCAAGUGUCAGUCAGGAACAUUCUAAAGUGCCAGAAUCGCAAUCAGAUGACACAGAAUCCUGUUCUGUUCCAGUUCUGUCACUUACAGUAACAGAUGUUGUGUGAGCAGAAUCAUGCCCGUGAACAUGUUUCAGCUGUACUGACUGGUUUAGAUAUUUGCAUGUUUUGUCACCUAUAAAAAGUCUGGCCUGGUGUCGGCAGGUUGAUCAACUGUAGCGAUAAAUAAAAAAGAUGUUGUUCAGAUCUAUUGGAUUGCUCUGUCAAGUUUCACCUGUUCAAGUAUUCUGAAUCAUUAUUUUAAUGCUAUUUGAAUAUCAGUGUGAGAACUAGUGACAGACCUUUAAAAUUAUUUUCAAACUUCUAGAAAAGUAAAUCAGUGUGUUCAACAAUGAUUUAACUAAUGAUAAAAAUAAAUUUCCAAGUUACGUCCUCUUGAUAGUACAAACUGUACAAUACAUCAUUUACCUCAUCUUAAAUUAUGAAUGACAUUAAAAAAAGAAAUUAUUACAUCAGAUGUAAUUUUCAAUUAUAUCUAUAUAUUUAAAGUCUUGUUCAAUGAUAUUGUGGUUUUAUGUAUAUAUUUAACGGUAUUAAAUUGAUUAAUCAUUUUA